GUACAAAGAUAACACGGAGUCUCGCAGCUUAACCUUACAAAAGCAAAUUAGUCGUUAUGCUCCCAUCCAUUUGGAACCAGAGUUGACUACUCUAUCUGAAGGAGACAAAGAAGCCUUGGGAUAUAUUCUUAAAGCAUCAAUGGUUAUUGAUGAAAUAUUUUAUGAGCAGGUAUGGAAUAGCAACACAAUGCUAAGAGACUGGCUAAAAGCACACGCUGACUCCUCCUCCCUUGAUAGUCUGAAGUGGGCAUAUUACUCUAUUAAUAAAAGUCCAUGGUCCUGCCUUGAUGAAAAUAAGGCUUUUCUAUCCACUGCCGAUUCGGCUGUGAAAUUGCUCACAGAUGCCACCAAGCCAAUUUCAGGAUGGAAGGGGCUUGAGUAUCGUGCAGCAUUCCCUCUAGAUAAGCCUCGUGGCGCGAACUUCUAUCCUGCUGACAUGAACAAAAUGGAGUUUGAUUUAUGGAAAAGUGGACUAACUGAUAAGGAACAAAAAGAUGCAACUGGAUUCUUUACUGUCAUAAAACGGCCUGAUGCUUUAUUGACUACAUCAGUAGCACAGUCAGAUGGACCAAAUCAAACCAAUACUUCAGAUGAUCUUUUUAUUGUUCCAUAUUCCAAGGAGUAUAAAGCAUCCCUUGAGAAAGCUGCCGAGCUUCUCCUUAAAGCAUCAGAUUGUUCUGAUUGUCCAAGCCUGAAGAAUUUGCUCAGAACCAAGGCAAAUGCUUUUCUUUCAAAUGAUUACUAUGAAUCUGACAUAGCUUGGAUGGAGUUGGACUCCAACAUAGAUGUCACCAUUGGCCCAUACGAGACAUAUGAAGAUGGCCUGUUUAGUUAUAAGGCAACCUUUGAAGCAUUUGUUGGGGUGCGGGACGACGUUGCAACUUCUCAAGUUAAACUCUUUGGUGAUCAACUCGAGGAUUUGGAGAAAAAUCUUCCACUGGACAAUAUUUACAAAUCAGACAAUGUAUCUGCUGCUCCAAUUCGCGUGAUGAAUCUUCUUUACAACUCUGGGGAUGUGAAAGGUCCUCAAACUAUAGCUUUCAAUUUGCCAAAUGAUGAGCGGAUUGUGAAUGAGCGAGGAACUUCAAUGGUUAUGCUUAAGAACAUUUCAGAAGCCAAGUUCAAGAAUAUCUUGAAGCCUAUAGCCAAUGCCUGCAUCAGAGAGGAGCAGAAAGAAUAUGUUGAUUUUGAGCCUUAUUAUACACAUAUUGUUUGCCAUGAGUGCUGCCAUGGAAUUGGACCUCAUUCCAUAACCCUUCCUGGUGGUAAAAAGUCCACAGUUAGAAUGGAACUUCAAGAAUGUCAUUCAGCAUUGGAGGAGGCAAAAGCUGAUAUAGUUGGUCUGUGGGCGCUGAAUUUUCUUAUAAACAAGGGGUUGCUUCCUAAGAGUCUAUCAAAAUCUAUGUAUGUUUCUUUCCUUGCUGGAUGCUUCCGGUCGAUUCGCUUUGGACUGGAAGAAGCUCAUGGGAAGGGACAGGCAUUGCAGUUUAACUGGUUGUAUGACAAAGGAGCUUUUAUCUUGCAUUCUGACGGAAAAUUCUCAAUUGACUUUACAAAGGUCGAGGAAGCUGUUGAAAGCCUUGGCAGAGAGAUCAUGACGAUACAGGCAAAGGGCGACAAGCCUGCCGCGCAGUCUCUCCUUCAGUCCCGUGCAACCUUGACGCAGCCGUUGCGUGUGGCAUUGGAGAAAAUCGAACACAUGCAGGUGCCUGUUGAUAUAGCCCCUAUAUUUGGCACAGCCAGUAAGCUGCUCGCAAACAAUUAAGCACCGGAAGACAGCGAUUUAGAAAGUUUUGUGUCUCCCACUGUACCUGAUAAACUACAAAUUGUUUUCUGUUUACAUGAGAAAGUACAAAUUGUUGAAACAAGAUGAAGCACCAUCCUGGGCGACACAAAUGGAAAAUAACACAAAUAAAUGAAUGACUUCUUAAAAGGAUGGUUGUUAGCAUCACUGCCUAAAUGGAUGAACUUCUGAAGGAUCACUGUUAGCAUCACUGUCUAUUUACCAAGGUGUUUUUAGAAAGCGAUGUCUACUGUAAUCUUUGAACAUAUUCACUCAGGAAUUGGGAGCAGAGACCAUCAGAAUUCUGCUGAACUUCUGCGGUUUUGCUGCGCUGAAGGUCAUCUUGUGCUUAUAUAUAUCAGAAUGCUGGUACACA